UGUCUGCGUCCUGAGGCACACAUCCCGCUCAUAAGCCGAGGGUGGUUCCUUCCUAUCGUCAAGUUCUAAUCUCAAGAAAAUGGGAGAGGAUGUCCAGAAACACUCUGUUCACACAUUGGUGUUCAGGUCUUUAAAGAGGACACAUGACAUGUUCCUGUCUGAUCAGGGAUCUCUAGCUCCACAAGAUGAUCAAGCACAAAAAAUAAAAAUGCUAUGCAAAAUUCGUGACCAAUACCAGCCCGUGAGACACCUGAAGUCAACCCAGAACAAGACGGGAUUUGAACAUGGGUAUGGUGAUUCAUACAGUGGGGACAUUCAGGCACCCAGAGCUAUAACUGAAAGUGCUGAAGGAGCAAAGGAAAACACAAGCAUGGUCUUAUACCAGGGGAAGGAGCAAAAUAUGAUACCAGUGACUGGGGCUCCCCCCCCACCAGCUGCUGGUCAGGGUACAGUGGCAAAUCUGAGUCAGUUGGUAGCCAGGAAAUCCCCAGCAAUGCCUAAGCCCAAAUGGCAUCCUCCUUGGAAACUAAUGAGAGUUAUUUCUGGUCAUCUUGGCUGGGUUCGUUGUGUCGCUGUUGAACCAGGCAAUGCAUGGUUUGCCACAGGAUCUGCUGAUCGUGUCAUCAAGGUUAUAUGGGAUCUGGCAAGUGGUACCCUGAAAUUAUCACUCACUGGGCAUGUCAGCUCUGUGCGAGGUCUUGCAGUCAGCCCUCGUCAUCCAUAUUUGUUCAGCUGUGGAGAAGAUAGACAAGUAAAGUGUUGGGAUCUUGAGUACAACAAGGUGAUACGUCAUUACCAUGGGCAUUUGAGUGCUGUCUAUGAUCUCUCUCUUCAUCCAACCAUUGAUGUCCUAUUAACAUGUGGACGUGACUCUACUGCAAGGGUAUGGGACAUGAGAACCAAAGCCAACAUCCACACCCUCGCUGGUCACACAAAUACAGUUGCACGUGUUGAGAGCCAAGCAGCUGAACCACAGGUAAUAACAGGAAGCCAUGAUUGUACAAUUAGACUUUGGGACCUUGCAGCAGGGAAGAGCAUCUGCACACUCACAAAUCACAAGAAGAGUGUUAGAGCUCUUGUCAUCCAUCCACGAAUGUACGUCAUGUCUCCCAGUGCUGAUUUCCUUCAUGUAUUGAUCAGGUACAUGUUUGCAUCUGCAUCACCAGACAGUAUCAAGCAGUGGAAAUGUCCUGAGGGGAAAUUCAUUCAGAAUAUGGCAGGACACAAUGCAAUUAUUAAUUGCUUAGCUGUGAACCAUGAUGAUGUUCUUGUGUCUGGAGGAGACAAUGGGACACUUCAUUUCUGGGAUUUCAAGACUGGAUUUAACUUCCAGAGGCUUCAGGCUCCAGUUCAACCUGGAUCAAUGGAUAGCGAAGCAGGAAUAUUUUCAAUGACUUUCGACAUGAGUGGUUCCCGACUUAUCACCACUGAUGCUGACAAGACCAUAAAAAUCUUUAAGGAGGAUGACACUGCUACGGUCAUGUACCACCUGAUGGCCAUGGCUGUUGAAGCCAUACCUGAUAAAUACCUGGAGUCUCAUGAGGAACUUGUGAUGACGAAUGCCUUCCAUUCGACUGAUGAUGAGAUUAAGGAGGUAGAGCAUGGGGAAUCGGAAUGCUCGCAGAUCGUCGUGACGGGGUCUCUGGUCCUGUUGGGGCUCUUCGUCUCUUGGACCGAGAGCGGGGGAAAAGGGUAUUUCUGGAGCUUCGACGAGGAUUUCGAGCAAGAUCGGAAAUGGGGGAAGAGUUUGGAGCCGUAUGCUUAUGCCUUGAUGGGUAUCCUCACAAUUUAUCUCGUCUGCGUCGCUCUCAUGCUCAUUGGUGCUAUCAAGACUGCAGUUGGCCUUCUGGUGCCUUACUUGUUCGGAACAGUGUUGAAAACAGCGCUGGACCUUCUGGUGGGAAUCCCGCUGCUGGCCCAAGUGAUGUUUCACUGGGCCGAACCCACCCCGGAUGACAUCUUCCUCGAAAGCAAGCAGGCCUGGGAGGACAUGAAGACCCUGAUCCACACUUUCAGCUACUCGGUCGGGGGGAUCGCGCUCGGCUUCGCCCUCUUCGACGGGUGCUCGGUCCUCCUCGUCUUCUCGCUCGUUCAGAUCAUCCGAGUCCGCAAGGAGGGGCGCUUGGUCGAGCCUGAGGAGAGCGAGAGUCAUCGUCGGGGUUAUUUACGCGGCGGCCGGGGAUAUGAGGAACCAGAAAGGGAGAUUCACUAUCGGGAUUAUUCCCACGACAACCAAGGAUUUGUGAGACCAGAAAGCGAUACUCGUCAUCGGAUUCAAUUCGAAGGUCGCCUGGGAUAUGAGGACCCUCAACCCGACUACGAUUGAAAAGAGUGGUUAUUCUUUAUUCUCUUGCCAGUCGAUUUGCUGAUUCUAAGUGAAUUAGAAAACUUGUCAUGUAUGAAUGACUCGCGUUCGUUAAAUUUUUUUUUUUUACAAGCAGGGAGGUAUUGUGCAAUUACUCAUGGAGCCAAAUUACCACUACAGGUUGAACGCGGGUUGGACAACUGGCUUCUUGCGUUCGUAAAUCAAUCAAAAACGGUUCAAUAAAUGAUGAAAACAUGAAGGGCU